AUGGUAAACAGCAACACGUGUAAUCAAGUUGAACUCCACUACAGCAACGAUGAUGAACGAAUCGGAUUUGCAGUUGAAGUAUUGGGUGUAGAGAUGAAGUGCAUCAGAAGCAGUAAAACAGAACUGGUAAUAAGUGGUAUUCCAUACACUGGUGCUGAAUUCUACACCAAAUUGAUUGAGACACUCGGCCUGAAUACGACUGUGAAUGCGUUCAGAAACAGCAUCACCAGAAUAACAACUAAACCAAUUGACUGUAAGUUCAUGAAGGCAAUAAACUACUAUAACGUGCUACGAGAUGCAAUUGAGAAUGGGACACUGAAGAACUACGAAUACGUGGUGAAUGAGAAUCCAUCAACGAGGAUGACGCCUGAGUUCUAUCUCCUGGAAGUGUGUGCAGGUAGAAUAAGUGAAAUUGAGGAAGUGACUGGAAUGGACACAAUUUACAGGGAAGUGGUGGAAUUUGGAGAGGAAAAGAAGGUUAUUUGUAGUGGACUAAGAAAAGAGUACAAAAUGGGUGAUUUAUUGAAGAAGACAUUUCUGUUUGUGACCAACUUGAAGGCGGCUAAGUUUGGGACUGAAAAGAGUGAGGGAAUGAUAUGCUGUGGGGCAGAAGACGGGAGAAUUGAGGCCAUUGGAGUGGAUGAGAGCAAGACUGGGAUGAGAAUAGGCCUAGAAGGAGAACAGGAGUAUUUUGGUGGUGUUAAGAGGAGUCAGGUCAGCAUGAAGAAGGAGAAAUAUGGGAAGGUGCUUGAGAUGUACAGGGUGGUGGAAGGAGAGCUCCAUUUUGGAGACAGGCGUGUUCUACUGGGAAAUGAGCCAGUGCGACUGAAAAGUGUCAGAAAUGGAAGAAUGAGGUGA